AACCUACACAUCAAAAUGGCGGACACCGAUACACAGGUGAAGGGAAACCUAGAUCAUUUUAACCCUAAUGAUUGGAAAGCGGUGUCCUUAACUUAUGUUGAGUACCCUAAAGGUGACUUUCUGGGGUUUAUCUUGGCAUGGUUUAGCUUACUCCCUUUCAUUUUGAUUGUAAGCUUCAUAACUAUGAUCCUUCUAAGAAGAGAUCUACACACAGCAGCAUUUUUUGCAGGUUUACUUGUGAAUGAAUUAAUCAAUAUUGCUAUUAAACAUCUAGUACAAGAAUCUAGACCAGUAAGAGGUCGUGAAAACUUGUACACAGAAUAUGGUAUGCCUUCCAGCCAUACCCAGUUUAUGUGGUUUUUUGCCUCAUAUUUUGCUUUAUUUCUUUUGUUUAGGUUGUAUAAAAACUAUUCUCUUAUAGAGGAUGUGUGGAAAUAUGUUUGUGCAGGACUGGGUGUUUUAUGUGCAAUUUUAGUGUCUUGGAGCAGAAUCUACUUAGGUUACCAUACAAUGAGUCAAGUACUAGUUGGUGUUCUACUAGGGAGCAUACUAGGAGCUCUUUGGUUUCUCAAUGUUCACUUUUUGUUGACGCCACUGUUUCCGUUACUAGCUAGCAGCCUUAUUGGAGAAUUUUUUAUGCUAAGAGACUCCACAUUGAUACCACAUGUGUUGUGGUUUGAAUAUACUUGCUCAAGAAAUGAAGCACGGAGUCGCCAGAGGAAAAUGUCUUCUAGAAAAUCUCAAUGAUGGUACGCCUGGUGGAGAGGAUGACGUCCUUUGCCUACACUUUAGUGGACUUAAUGCUAAAACACACGAAAUCUUCAACCCAUUACCGUCUGUGAUAGAACCCUGCAUGGCCUGGGGGAGUCAAGCUGCUGUGUUCUGCGUGAGAGAAAUGUUUUCGUUUUUGAACCAACCUCACAUGUAUAAACUGUCAUCUGUUUGAUACAUGUCUUUUAAAGUCUAGUUUUGUGUACAGAGCAGUAAAGUCAAUAGUAUAGGGCAUGAAAGGACUGGUGCAAGGUUGACAAAACAAAGUUUAGGAAUUUUUAGAACUAUUAUGCUUUCACCUUGGGUUGAGUAAACAAUCUUUAGGAAUUGUUUUGUUAUAUAUGUUUUUUACAUUAAAUAAUAAUUGGUACUAUUUUCGUUAAUGCUUAUACUUGACACAAGUUUAGGGGCAGCCCUAGAAUAUGCCACCUACAGCCAGUAUUUUUUUAAAAAACUGUUUACUUUGACAUCAUCACUCUCUACACCAGUACCAAGUUUUUUUUUUUUUUUUUUUUUUUUUGAAGCUUUACCGUAUAAGGCAUAUAAAUAUUCAACUUCCAGUUAUAUUGAAUAGCAAUUUCUUGCUAAACAAGGAUCUAAGCACGUUUGUGAUUGUUAAAAAAUAGAUAAUUGUGUCAUCAAAGUUGAGUGUGAGUUAUAACAUUUAACAGUUACGUAGUAAUCUUAUUUGUAUUUUAUUUCUUUGUUGGGUGAUGUAUAGAAAUAUUCUUGUCAUCAGUAGAAAGAAUUCACUUGCAAAGAAUGUGGUGAAUGUUUUUUUGUGAAUACUUUUUCUUUUUAAAGUUUUCUUGAUAUCAGGAACAAUUUGAGCUGGAUGGACUCAGGGGUGUCUUUAAAAUCCUGAAGUUCAAAAUUCUAGCCUUCAACUGGAUUUGAAUAUAACUCCUCAGUUCAGCAGCCAGUGCUUUAGCACUCAGCCACUACACCCCCUUAAGUGGUAUCUGUACUAGUAAAGAAAUUUGUUUCUUUCAUAUUAAUUAACAUAGUCUAUGCUUUAGUCUGUUUCAAUGAUGUCUAAGUUUUGAUAAAUGCAUCUUAUGAAAUAAAUAUCAGUGUUUGACUUGAGGUAUCUUUAUGUGCACCUUAUGACCUGUGACCUCAGGGCUCAUGUAGACCCCAUGACCUGUGACCUCAGGAUUUAUGUUCACAUUAAGGAAGUAUUUCUAUUUUGUCAAAAGUCUUGAGUGUAGCACAUAUAUAUAUAUAUACAUAUGUAUUUUACAUUUUAUUUUCAUUUGAAUGUUUACAUUUCAUGAUUGUAAAAUCUGGGGUUGUUAUAUUGAAACAAAAUGGUCUUAGUUCAACAUAAAGACUACAUGUCAUGUUCUUAUUUUAAUGAACAGUUGUUUUUUUUUUUUUUCAAUAUUUUGAAUGAAUUUAAUCUGUCGCCUGACAAAGAAAGUGUCUCAUAAUGCAGCUCUAUUUAUGUGGGUUUUUUUUUUUACUUGCGAAAUGUGUAUUUCUUUAUGCACUUAUCUUAGUCUGAGCUGAUUCUGGAUUGUGAUUUACAGUUAAACUCCCUCAUAGAUAUAUUUUUUUUAGAUUUUAAAGCUGGCUAGCAGAAUAAGAUCAAGCAUGAAAAAAAAUAUUCUGGAUUUAUUAUUAUUAUUUUUUUGUUAACGGGAUGAAAAAGAUUUUUAAUUGACGCAAAAGAUAUUGCAUAAAAAGUAGGACUUAUUAUUAAUGUUCUUGGAAGAACCAUCUGUAACUUGAAAGAUAAUUUAGAGCUUAUAAAGUUAUCAAAGUAAAAAUCUUUGUGUCCACAAGGAUAACUCAAUUGGCUUAGUUCUGUGAAGUCUAGGAGUGUCCAUGAAAUGUAGGCCCUAAUCUUAAUUGGGGAAAUUUUAAAUCUCUUUAUUUGUCAUUGGUAGAUAGUAAAAGUUAUUUAUGAUUUCUGAAUUAAUACUGGCUCAAAAAGAAAUGUAUUUGGACAUAAAGAAAAAUUGGUUCUAUUCUUUAUUGCAAUAUUUGUGGACAACGCAAUUGUUUCUAAUUAUUUAAAAGAAUUUUUUUUUAUUUCUUCAUAAUUUAAGACUUACAAGUGACAGCAAAAACUUUGAUAGGCUCUUGGGAACUUUUUAGAAAUAUGACGUGAUCUAAGGGCUACAUUUUUACUUGACUCAAAGAUUCAUAUAUAUUUCAAAGCAUCAAAAAUAUAUAGUUUAUUUAACAGUAAUCUUUCUGAAAAUUGGUUUUUAAAAGAUGUUUGGAUUUUAAUUGCUGUCUUCCAGCUACAUAAAACUCAGUCCUACAGCUCCCUCUCUACUGAGUAGCUUUCAUUUCAUCCCCAGCUACAAGGGAGGUAAACAAAAGUGUGACAGAUUGCUUUUGGCAGAUUCUAACCUUGCUAGACAUUAGUUUAGCCUGAAUCUGAAUUGGGAGACUAGACUCUAAUUUUCUACUGUACAUAGGCUUGAGUACCACAGUCUUCAUUUUGAAGUGACCAUUCACUUGCAAAGUUUAGCUUGAUGUCUUGUAUUCACCUUUCAUGUGUUUGAGUGCAAGAUCUAGAUGUCAGAGGAAUAGUCCAGUCUGGUUUGUCAUGGACUUAAAUUAGUGAAGGCGAUUUCUUUAGAAGGAUUGUUAAUGAUGAUGUUACGCUGUCAUGCAAAAAAUACAACAAAAGAAACAACAAUGCUAUAACCCAUAUAAGCCAAUGAAAGAUUAAACCUGGAAAGUGACUGUGACUUAGUCUAUAAUUUUAAUGAACAUUUGUUUUCAACAUGUAUUUCAUGGUUCUGCUUCUAAUUGUAGAACAGAAAUGAUAUUCCUGUUACAGAUAUCAAUAGUUUAACAUCUAUUUUGAAUUUCAUCCUUGAUGGUGUUUUCUUUUUUUCUCAAGGAUCUGUUUUUUAAUGUACGUAAUAUUUGUUUUUGAGAUGCAUUCACCAUUUAAGAACAUUAUUUUGAAACAAAGUUCUAUUUUUACUUAUUUGUGUACAUCAAGAUUCAUUUAUUUUUUGAAACUUUUUGUUUGUGGCUACCUUAUGUUGGCUUUUUUCCCUCUAAGUGCUCAUGUUGUUAUCCCCCCCCGCCCCCCUUUCCCUCUAUUUCCCCUUGUUUGAUUUUAAAAUAUUUAUCUCCGAUGCAAAUAUAUUAUUUUGUUACCGGUACGUGACGACAACAUUUUAAAAAAUUAAACCGAAGAUAUUUUGUAAAAAAAUGUGUGUAGUAAUUGCAUGGCAACCUUUGAGAAGAAUAAUAUUCUCAAUUGUACAAUUUCUUUAGCAACAUUUGAUCAGUAUGGGGCUUGGUGGCUGAGUAGUAAAGUCCUUGGCUUCUGAACCAAGGGUGUUGAGUUUGAAUCCUGGUGAAGACUGGGAUUUCAAGGACACACCUGAGUCCAUCCAAUUAUAAUGGGUACUGGACAUACAUCGGGAAGUUAAGGCAGUUGGUCAUUGUGAUGGCCACAUGACACCCUUGUUAACAGUUGACCAUAGAACAGAUAAGGUUUACAUCAUCUGAUGCUAUUAAUUGCUAGGUUUGAAAGGUUUGAACUCUACAAGAGAUAUGAAUGGGUUAGCAAAUAAUGUCAGGAACUUAUUCGGCUGACUAGACAUCUUAGGUAGAUAAACGAAUGAAGCAAAUAAAGUUUUCAUGGGACUGUUAAGUUAAACUCUUCUUUUAAAAUAUUCUGUGACCUUUUUUUUUAAACUUUGUAAACAAUUUGUUUUCUCAUUGGGCCUCGACUGUUUCCAAUCCUUCAGUCUUUUGUUAUAAACUAUUUUUGUGAUCGAGUUUUCUGGUAUUAUUUGUUUACAUUUUCACAUUACAAUAUUAGAUCUCCAACAGAUACUGUCACUGUAAAGCAUUUCUACUGGUGUGUACGCUAUUGAAAAAUGGUGCUCAAGACACAUUCAUUGAACUCAUCUUGUUGAAGCCAUUGAGUCUGGCAUAGUUCUAGAUUUGAGAUUUUCAUCAGAAUAAUAGAUUGGACUAAUGCAAGAUGAAAGGUUUUAUUUGUGAAAUACUUGUCUGCUAUAUCAAGGUUCAGAAGUUGAACAUUGGUGAAAGCAUUUUUUUUUUUUAAAUUCACAAUUUUAUUAUAAAUUUGUGCUGGUCACAUGACAUUGUCUUGGAUCAUAAGCCACAGAGACGGGCCAACCAUAUUCUUUCUGCCCAAUAAAUUGCUUGCUAUGGAAAGAGCUCUUUUACAAGGGUGUCAUCAGCAAAGUUAGUGGCACAAUUCAUUAUUACUUUUUUUUUUUAGUUGCAGUUAUCUUCUUAUGUCAAAUUUCAAAUGUUUACUUUCACAAAGUGUCAAAAUCACUUAGUAAUAAAUACCUGAAUGUCAGUAGAAGCAAGAUUAUUUCUUUCCCUUGCUAAAUGUUUUAUGAAGUAUGUAGGUUGCAACUGGGGCCUGAAAAUACUGCAUUUCUCAUUUAUAUUUGGUCUCAAAGACAUACCUUAUUAUUAGGGUGAAAAAAAAAAAAAAGAAAACUUAAAUAGACCCCUCUGACAAUGGCUUUGUCUGCAUCAGAUGUGGAAAGUAUGCAGGUCGCAACUGGGUUUACAUAGUCAUGUGUAACACUGCACUCAUUCUUAAUAUUCGAAAUCAAAGACAUUGCCGUUAGACAAACACAUUCAUCUCACUUCAGGAUCACAAAUCCAGGUCUGAGGCUUUGAGUAGAGAUUGAUUUUCACUAGCCACCAUUUCUUGAUUCUCUGUACAGACCUAGUGUUGUAUUAUUGAAGUUUGUCUUUUGGGUGAACAUAGAAACAUCCCUCCCUCCAAAAAAAACAACAACAAAAAAAAAUUAAAAAAUUCAGCGCUAUCAAAGGCUUAUAUUUAUUUGUCUUAUAAAGGUCAUCUACUGUUAGUAUUGCUUGUAAUGUUUGUUGAAGGUCUUAAACAUUUGGAGGGUAAACAGUCUUUCUUUAGGGAGAAAUAAUUUGUAACUUUCAGUUUAGAUAAGAGGAGCUGUGUAUUAGAGUAAAACUAAUGACGUGUAGAUUUACAGCUGUCCGCUUUCUUUAAAGCCUCAUGAAAAGAAUCGUAUAGUCAACAGCCGUCCUUAGGUUCUGCAAUCCACAAUGUCAUCUGUGACACUGACCAGUGCUGUCUGUCUACCAUAUCCUAGUUAGCUCUUUAGGAGUUCUAAUGUUACGAAUCACUUGAUUGUAACAAAGCAUAGAGCUCUGUUAGCUCAAAUGUUACAAUUCACUUGAUAGUAACCAAGCAUACAGUCAGAUACGACAUAUUAAAGCUGCAGUUGUAUAUAUAUUUGUAGCACAUCAAAUUUUUUUUUUUUAAAUAUCAAAUCCUUAAAUGACAGAAGCCAUUCUCUUCACAUGAUGGGAGAUUUUCUUUUUAGUUCUGGUUAAUGGGCAAGUGGCUCAAUGACUUCAAUACCUUUAGUCAUCAAAUACAAAAAGCUUUUUUCACUAGAUUACUUAGAAAUUAAACAUUUUUCAGCUUUUAAAGUUACCUUAGCAGUCUACUCUUGUACUAUAAAUAAUAAUAAUAAUUUUUUUUUUUAAUGCAAUGUUUUCUCAACAUUAUUCCAGAGCUUCAAAUGUAAUUUCUGUAUGACGCUUUGUUUUAUAUUUGCUUGAUUGGUCUAAGGGCAGACAGUGUGACUGAAUACUUGGAUGAUCUGUGAGCAUUAAUUGUAAGAUAAGAUCAUUUUUUAUUGGUCCAAUCAAAUGGAAAUUCAAUUUGACUUUAAUUGACGACCGCAGCGUAACUAGUGUAACAAUAACAAUAUAGAUGCUUGGAUGAUUUGUGAGCAUAAAUUGUAACAGCAUGUGGGAUGAGAUUUAUCUAUCUAGAAAACGUCAUUUGUUAGGAAGGAUCAUGGUCUGAGCAUAUUUUCUGCCAUUCAACCCAUCUAUUUUGUGCCAUUUUAUCCUCCCUCUUGUUAAAGCAUCAGCUUGCUGGAAAGGAAUGCUCCUGCCAUUUGACGCUACCCCUCGUUAAUCUUCUGGCCACAUUUUUGUUUCAAAACUCAUGUGUGUCGAGGAGCUAUUUAAAUUAUUUAAUUAUUUCAUUUUGUGUACAGAACUUUGCCGACCUAAUUUUCUUUCAUUGAUUUCUUCCAAAUUAUUAUUUUUUUUAUCACUUUGCUAAGGUUAUAAAUGUGAAAAUGCCCAUACUAAUUAACUCCCAAAAUCGUAAUAUCCAUUAUUAAGACUUGAUGUGAAAAAAGGGGGGGGGGGUCGUGGUUGUGUGGUAAAGUGCUUGACUUCCUUACCAAAGAGUCUCUAGUUUGAAUCCUGAUGAACACUGUGUUUAAACGUCAAGUUUGUGUUAGUGUGCCCCGAGUCCAGCCAGCUCUAAUGUGGAAGUAAAAAUUGUUUGGUUGUUGUGCUGGCCACACGAUAGCCUCAUUAACCGUCGGCCAUAGAAACAUGAGUUUCUUUCCACAGCGCAAUUGGUUAAAGGGGUAGAAUUUAAUUUCAACUCUUGCAUUGUCAUUCAAACAUUUGGACACUUUAUAUCAAGGUCUCAUUGAACCAUCAUUGUUAGCUAUGUGUAGAUUUUUUUAUUGUAAUGUUGUUUUUUUUUUAAUCUUUUUUUUUUUUUUUAAAUUUUUUUUUUUUAAUUAUUUUUCAAAAUUUAUUUUGAAUGUUAAAAGUUAAUGGAUGAAACAAUUUUGAGUGUUUUGAUGCAAUUGCCAGUAAAGGUUUGGAUCUUUGUAAUUGUUAAGUUUUUUUUUGAUUGAGUGUACACAGUUUUGUGGUCUUAGAUCAUCAAUAAAACAUUUCAUUCAAAUUUGAAACUGUGACUGUAAAGAUGAACGGAUCUAUCAAUACGCACAAUAUUAAAUAAAUAAAUAUAUAUAGAGAUGAUAUAAUAUGUAUAUAGUGAUUAAAUUUAACUUAAUCUAUUUUUACUCCUUUGUAUGUAUGUAGUAUGUGUUUCUAAAUCUACUGACAUGCUAAUUGUGUGUAGUGAGUGUUUCUUAAUCCAGUGACUUGCUUAUAUUUUCAGCAGGGCCUGCCAUAGGUAGGCAGCCGCCUAGGGUCUCCCAUUGAUGGGGCCAUGCACAGGACUCUUAAACAAUUUUUUUUAGAGAAGAAAUAGUGGAACUUGUGCCCAAUGUUUUUGUUGGGAGUCACAAGGUUGUAAGUACAUUGCGUUAAUUUUAUUUUUCCGCCGUUUAUUUAUUAUUUCUAUUUCAUUUGGGGCCUCCAGAUUCACUUCACCUAGGGCCUUCAAUUAUCUAAGGCUGGCCCUGUUGUCAGAAUUCCCCUCACACCCCCCCCCCCCCCCCCCCCCCAAUUCCAUUUCGUAAGAGUGUUGUUGGAGCAGAUACUGAUAUUGAUGCAUCUCUUCAGCUCAGCCUUACGUUGUCUCCUGUUCUCUUGAUCCAUGUAUUUUUAUCUCGAUCCCAUUUUUACAUUGAUCCAUAGUGUAUCUCGACUCCAUUGCUUUUUAAAUGAUCCCUGUGACCAUCAUGAUCCUAUUUUAGCUAAUGUUAAAUGUAACAUAAUGUUUUGGUAAAAGAAUUUGAAAAAAAAACAACAAAAACUGCCAGUACCUGUAUGCAGAGAUCAGCUCUUCAGCAAGUAGAAACUGUACAUAUUGUUUCAAAAUACAGUUGACUCUUCUUAGUCCCAUGCUUUAUAAUCGGACACACACCCAGUAAUCCCAUGUGGCGCCGACACAAUUUCAUUUCAUUGAUGUAUACUGUAUUAUAUAGGGUAUAUUUUUGGAAUAUAGGUGGGCUUUAAUUUAGUACAGUAUGUGCUAGAUGAAAUUGUUUUGUAUUUUUUAGAUCUAUAAAUUAUUUUGGUUUUAUUUUUUUUACCAUAGAAAAACUGAGAAUAUCUUAUUACACUGAAUUUUCUUGACAUACGAUUAAAUGCUUUGAAUUAUAGAUUUGGUAAUUCGCUUUGCAAAUCCAAAUUUUUCAACAAUCGGACACAAUUGAAAUUAGCUUGUACUUUUUUCGGUGUGUAGUGUAGAUACAAUAAUUUAUUGUGGGUGAAAAAUGGGCAAUUUUUUUUUUUAUUACAUAGAAUAGUGGUUUCUGUACUUGUUUAUAUGUGUGAUGACCUCAGUAAAGGCCAUCAUGCGACAACGAGAAACCUUCAAGAUUUGUUUGAGGUAACAUGUAGGUGGUAGUAUCUUGUAUAAACCUUUGAAACCUGCAAGUAUGGUUUUAUAAAUGACCGUACAUGCUUCUGAAGUUUAAAGCAAACAUGAAAGAAAUUCAUAAUUUAUAUUCUUCAUUGCUUUGGUUGUGUUUUUUUUUUUCUGUGUUUAGAUUAUGUACAGACAUUCCUUCAAAAGAGAAGAUGAUUACAUCCUAAAGAUAUCCAUGUGUUAAUCUAGUCAUGCAUGUUAAUUAAGAGACUUUAACUGUUAAAGACUUUGGUUUACCUGACUGAUUCAGGCAAUCUGUUUCAUGUUAGCAAUCUUGUCUUAAUUUCAGCACAUCUUCAUUUAUGGAAAAUAUAUGUUUAGUGAUCAUUGACAGAAUACUAUUUUUUUUUAAGAGUGUGUGCCAUAAUGUGACAUGAAAAGAAUUCCAUCGAAUGUUCGACUUAAUAUCUUUACUUCCUUUAACUCAUUGCUUUUUUGGUUUUGUUUUGAUCAUUAUUUGUGGGAUGGUGCGGGUCAUAAAUUUUCUUUUGUUUUCAGAUGUAUAAUGACUUUGUUUAUCAAUUUCACAUGGUUUAAACCUAUAAAUGACUACAUUUUAAAAGUAUAUUAUUUUUAAUGUGUAUUCAUCAUUGAAUCGAUUAUUGAUUUCCGUUGUGAAUAAUUUUUUUUUUCAUGAUCUCUGCUAAUUGGUAACUGCCACCUUUUGAGUGUAAUGUUUGAUUCCUUUACAUGCAUUUAAAAAGAUUAAUAUGUAUAUAAUUAAUGAUUAAUAUAAUUUCUUAAUAUUCCUUCUCAACACUUGUAUUUCCCUAUUUCCCAAAUUAAUUUGGCUUUGAUUAAACUAUGUUGAAUGUAAA